AUGGAUGAACCCGAUUUCUCAGAAGAUACAACUUUGAAACAACAGGAGGAUUUGCCUUAUGAUGGGGAUUUCUCCCAAACGAAGCUAUACAAUGACUAUAAUUUAACCUUGAAAAAUGACAUCCUUGAUGCGUCAGAUCAAAUUAUUUCAACAGUAGAUAACCCUCAAGAAAAGGCUACAGAUAAAGAGGCUUGCAGAAAUAUAGAUACGGCCCUGACACUGGAUCCAAAGCCUGAAAAUGCUGUCAAGAAAAAAUAUGACACUAAUCUUCAUAUUCCAGCUAAUAAAGGAGACCUUUCAAAGUCAAACAUUUCUGAUAUUUUACUGCAUCAUCUUUCCAAAGAGGAAUUUUUAAAAAGUCAAGGCAUCAAUUGUGAAACUCUCCCAGAGAUCUCGAAUGCUGACAGUUUUGAUGAAGCUAUUGUUAAAAACAUUAUAUUGUGUUACAUUAAGAAUUCUUGGACAAAAGAACAAACCCCAGAACUCACUGACCAAAUCAACCCCAAAAGGGAUGGUGAAAUCUGCAAUCAGCCUAGUUGUCCUCCGGCUACAACAGAAGAAAAUACCUCGGAUUUGGAAGAGCCAGUGGCUGCUGGAGACAGAUGCCAUCCUGAAAAUUCAGAUUUUCUAACUAAAACCAACAGUCCAAAAAAUAAACAAACAAGUUGCCAAGGGCAGACACCCCAGAAAGAGCAAACUGAAAAAACAAGAUCAGACAAUGGGUUUAUAUAUGGCCAAGGUCAAGUUCAUUACCGGUUCUCUGAUUUCUCUAAGGUUGGUCCCAAAGUGAAAAUCCCUAAAAAUAAACUAAUUGAUAAACUACUUACCAUAAUUAAACAAGCCAGCUUUUCUCCUACACUGAGAGAUAAGUUAGCUAUUGUGCAAGAUAUUUCAGGAAGCAUGUCUAGGUCCAAUUGUGUUGAAAUACAAGAGCAGAAAAGGAAAACUUCUGACCCUUCACAGCAGUUGCAGAUGGAGCCCACAAUACAUCCCCAUGAAGAACAUCCUGCAGGAAUAGAAUCUGAGACAAGUCUUUUUAAGUUGGCGUCAACCUCUCAGAAAGAUCCUUCAUCAAAUUCUUAUAUAUUUCAAAAGAUAUCCCAAGGGGAAAAGAUGUGUCAGAAGUUAAAAGAACAGACUGAUCAACUGAAGAUGAAAGUACAAGAAUUUUCCAAAAGCAUAACACAGGACUCUCCCUAUCAUUUGCAAGACAAGAGGCUGGUCCUGGAGAAGCUGCAGGGUCAUCUGGAAUUUCUGGAGCAGGAGUUUCUGGCCAACAAGGAGAAACAUCUGACUUUGAAGCAGCAAGUCCUCAGGCUUGAAUCCCCAGCUGUCAGUGACUUUGAUCCAGAAAGAAAAGUGGAAGGUGAAAUCUUCAAGUUGGAGAUGCUACUUGAAGAUGUUAAAGAGAAAAUUGAUGAAGGCAAACAAACUUCAAUGAGCUCUCUUCCCGUCAGUUCUCCAACCACCCUGGAUGACUUGGCAUCCACACCCUCUCCACCCACAAAUGAGGGGGACCCCAACAGCGCCUCCGGAAGGCAGGAACGUGCAGAGACAACCAGCCGGAGCUGUGCCUUCUGCCAUUGGGUCCCAGAAUGGUGAGGGCUUCUUGCUGCUAAACUCCCAGGGUGGGUGGGAGCCGGUGCUGGGAUAAUAACUCCAGUGAGAGUGGGCGUCAACUAAGUAACCUGGUGCCAGAAGCCACUGGCUCAGUUAUAGAAUCACAGAUCUCAGGGCUGGGCGCAUGGCCCAGCUUUCUUUCCAACU